CAACUUCGAAGUAUUCCCACACCUACUUCUACUACUACAGCUCGGAUUGUUGAUCUCCAGUUUGACUGAAUUCGAUCAUACGCCUCCAAUCACAUGAUUUGACGGAAAAAGCAAAAGUCAAUCUAAACCAAUCACAAACUGCCACGCAUUCACCUUCACAUGCUCUCUCUCUCAUUCCCUUUUGUUUGCCUCGCUCUCCUACUACUGAUUACCCCAACCCACUCCAUCCACCAGCUCCAGCUAUGAAAAAGCAUAUACACACAUAUAGAUACAUUUUCAAAGCCCGAAUCAUAAAUUUCUAGGGUUUGAAUUUUCAAAUGCAAAUCCAUUCUUCUUCUUCUUCUUGAUAGAUCAGAGAGAGAGAGAGAGUGUGUGUGAUAAAUUGAAAUUGAUAAUGCCAAGGCAGAAUCGGAUUGUGGAGGGUUUGAUUCCCGGAUCCUGCAAGAUCCGAAAGAGGGGUUGCUCUUCGUCUUCGUCUUCGUCCUCUGUGUUGCAGAAUUACCGAUUCAAGCGGGCCAUUUUGGUGGGUAAGCCUCGGGGAUCCAGAUCGAGCACUCCGGUUCCGUCUUGGAGGACAACGGCGGCGGCGGCUGUGGAUUCUCCCAAGUACGCGCCGUCGCAGAGCGGUGGUGGGAGGUCGAGGCCGGUGUCUGCGAGGAAGCUGGCGGCGACCCUGUGGGAGAUGAAUGAGGUUCCGUCGCCUAGGGUUGGGGACAACUUGGAAUUGAAGAAAGCGAUCAAGAGAGAGAUGAGAGUUAGAGAGAGAAUGGGUGUGCCGAGAUCGGUGCAUUCGGGAUCUCUACCUCCCCAUUUGUCUGAUCCAUCUCACAGUCCUGUUUCAGAGAGGAUGGAUCGAUCAUGUACAGGUAGUCGCCAUGGGAGGACUCCAUCGAUUUCUCAUAGGCUCAGGCUUGGCGGCCACAAUGUUGGUGGUUUGGAUUCCCUUAGCAAUGCCAGUUUAAUGGAGGUUGAGACUAGAUCCAGAUGCCAGACUCCUAGUGGCUCUGUGGUUGGUGGUAGGACGCGUUUGAAGGAUGUUAGUAAUGCAUUGACCACCUCUAAAGAGCUAUUGAAAAUAGUCAACCGUAUUUGGGCUCAGGAUGAUCAUCAACCUUCAUCAAGCAUUUCUCUUAUCUCUGCCUUGCAUGCCGAGCUUGAGAGGGCUCGCUUGCAGGUCAAUCAACUGAUCCAAGAACAGCGUUCGGACCAAAAUGAAAUUAAUCAUCUUAUGAAGUGUUUUGCUGAAGAAAAGGCAGUGUGGAAAAAUAAGGAACAACAAGCGGUCGAAGCUGCUGUUGAGUCAGUUGCAGGUGAACUCGAGGUAGAGAGGAAGCUUAGGAGGCGAUUUGAGAGUUUGAACAAGAAACUUGGGAAAGAAUUAGCAGAGACGAAGUCAUCACUCAUGAAGGCAGUGAAAGAACUUGAAUGUGAGCAGAGAGCGAGAGAAGUAAUGGAAAAAGUAUGUGAUGAUUUAGCUAGUGAUGAUAAUGCUGAAGUUGAAGAACUGAAGAGAGAGUCUGCAAAAAUACAUGAAGAGGGUGAAAAGGAAAGAGAGAUGCUUCAUUUAGCUGAUAUGUUGCGUGAAGAGAGAGUUCAAACGAGACUCUCUGAUGCAAAAAAUGCUGUUGUUGACAAGCUAAGGAAUCAACUUGAAGCUUUAGCGAGAACCAAACAGGGCAAAGAAAAGGGGUGCAAUUCUCUAAGUCGUGGCAAUUCUGAAGAUAUUGCUGCCUAUUUGAGAAGAACCCGUUUUGGGUCCCAUCAGAAUGAAAUAAAAGAAGACGAUGGAGAAGUGGAGGACAGAGUUGAUUGUGAAGAAGAAGACUCGGCUGAAAGUGAUCUACAUUCUAUAGAAUUGAACAUGGACAACAAUAACAAGAACUACAAGUGGACAAAUUCUUCUAGGGUACCUCACGAAUCUAGAAAGGUUCCACUUCUGAUUGAUGAUAAAAUCGAAGGGAGGAGGAACUCUACCUCUGGGAAACCACCAAGGAGAAGCACUUCUCUUCAAAGGAGCAUAUCAGAUGGAGUUGAAUGGGGACUCCAAAGUGAAACUGAGAGACUCUAUGAUCUUGAAAAGCAAGCUCGAAGGAAAGGUUAUGGGGAUGACAAGGAGGGAUAUAAAUCGGUGAAAGCUCUUAGGGACCAAAUGUUGUCGAGUUCUAGGGCAGGAUCUGUUAGGGAUUGUUCUAGUCCAACCCGGCAAUGGGGGCAGGCGUGGCCUUCACGAGAUCAUGGCAAUACAGGACUGACUAUGGUGCAGGCUAGUGGUUUGACCUCAAGGCUAGUGGAGGGCAGAGGGGAAGGCCAGACUGCAAGAAGAUCAAGAAGGUGAGUUUUCGUUUGUUAAUUAAUGCGUUUCUUGAGAUCCAUGGGUGCUGCUUAAACUUGCAGUUCCCGGUAUGCAAUUCUGGGAUACCUUAAAAAGCAAGACUUGGUGGCCCCAUGUUGAGAUGAGAAACCAAGAUGAUUUGAGUUCUGUUGGUUUAUGUUUUCAAUGUUGUUGCUAUGAACUGCUCUGCUUGAGCAGUUAAAACUUCACCUAUAUGUAGGAGUGUUUGAAUUUAAUUCUAGUUCUUUUUGUAGAAAGUUGUUAUGGUCUUGGUGAAGUUUUUGCUGUACAAAAACUUUAGUAUAACUGAGAAAUAUUUAUGUUACAAUUUUUACUGUCUGUCUUGUUCAA